AUGCGUGGUCGGGCCAGGCCGGCUGUGAGGACUCGGUCUCGGCUCUCUCUGCCUCUUGGUCCCCCCUGGCGGCGGCGCUUCUUCCCCCGUCCCCGGAGGAAGGUGAGCCGGAGGGACGGGGCGCAGGCCGGGCGAGAGGCGGGGGGCCGAGGGCGCCACCCUCCCGGGGAGGCCGGGCAGGCGCGGAGGGACGGAGACGCUGUCCGAGGCGGAGACGGCGCUUCAUGAGGCAGCCCGUUCCAGGGGCGCCUCCUCGGCCGGGGGAGGGGGAGAGACCUCCCUUGGCCAGGACACCUGGGAUCAGCAUCGCCCCCCUUCCCGAAGAGAUGUUGCCUCUUUGGCUCUCCCCCCCCCCCCGCCAGAGGGGUCGGGUCUCUUCUGCUGCGCCCCCCCCCCCGGCUGCUGUAACGACCCCCCACCAACGGCUGGAUUCUUCCCCAUCCUUCAGCGCUGCUUCGGUGCCUCCUUUGCAACUGCAGAUUUUGGGGUUCAUGGGAACCAUAGCUGUCAACUUUUCCCUUUUCUUGCGAGGAAUCCUAUUCGGAAUAAGGGAAUUUGCCUUAAAAAAUUCCCUAUGCUAUGAUAGAAACUACUGGGGAAAGAAGCAGUGACUUUGCAUGAGUGUACAGGUGAAACUCGAAAAAUUAGAAUACCGUGGAAAAGUUCAUUUAUUUCAGUAAUUCAGCUUAAAAGGUGAAACUAAUACAGUGGUACCGCGGGUUACAUAUGCUUCAGGUUACACACUCCGCUAACCCAGAAAUAGUGCUUCAGGUUAAGAACUUUACUUCAGGAUGAGAACAGAAAUCGUGCUCCAGCAGCGCGGCGGCAGCAGGAGGCCCCGUUAGCUAAAGUGGUGCUUCAGGUUAAGUAUGGAUCUCCGGAAUGAAUUAAGUACUUAAUCCAAGGUAUCACUGUAUGUAAGAUAGAUUCAUGACACGCAAAGCGAGAUAUGCCAAGCCUUUAUUUGUUAUAAUUGUGAUGAUUAUGGCGCACAGCUGAUGAAAACCCCAAAUUAACAGGUUCAGAAAAUUAGAAUAUUGUGAAAAGGUGCAGUAGCUAUUCAAUCCAUAACACCUGCAACGGGUUCCUGAGCCUUUAAAUGGUCUCUCAGUCUGGUUCAGUAGGAAGGACAAUCAUGGGGAAGGUUCUGUAUUCUGGAUACAACUCAAAGGUUCUUCUGAUGUACAGUGGUACCUCGAGUUAAGUACUUAAUUCGUUCUGGAGGUCCAUUCUUAACCUGAAACUGUUCUUAACCUGAAGCACCACAUUAGCUAAUGGGGCCUCCCGCUGCCACCGCGCCGCCAGAGCACAAUCUCAUCCUGAAGCAAAGUUCUUAACCCGAGGUACUAUUUCUGGAUUAGCGGAGUCUGUAACCUGAAGCGUAUGUAACCCGAGGUACCACUGUAUGUCUUAACACAGUACAUACAUAUAACAUGUUACACGUAUAACAUUCUGAAACUGGCAAAAGUGGAUUCCCUAAAAUGGAGAGGUAAGCCAUUGCCGUAGUUGAUAGGAUAGCAUCAAACAACCAGGACCAAACUAAUUCACGCACGCUGUGAGAUAAAUGUAUAAAAAUUCAAAAAGUAAAUAAAUAAGAUGACUAAAAAUCAGCACAAUAUGAAGUUGAUGCGUAGGCAGAGUGUUGUACGUAGCACAGUUAGACUUGAACUGGGGUUUGAAUUUUAAAAAGAGAACUUGUUUGUUGGACUAAAGGAUUCCCACCAGCCCCUUGGAGUUGCCAUGCUUUGUGCUUUGUCUCUCGCCUCUCUCCCCUUAGGUUCUGCUGAAUAAAAAGGAUCACAAUACAGUCACAAUCUAUUUUCCCUUCUGCUACAGAAAACCUUGUUUGUGAUCACAUAGACCCUAGCCUAAGUAAAGGUAAAGGUACCCCUGCCCAUACGGGCCAGUGGUGUCCAACUCUAGGGUUGUGCGCCCAUCUCACUUAAGAGGCUGGGGGCCAGCGCUGUCCGUAGACACUUCCGGGUCACGUGGCCAGCGUGACAAGCUGCAUCUGGCGAGCCAGCGCAGCACACGGAAACGGCGUUUACCUUCCCGCUAGUAAGCGGUCCCUAUUUAUCUACUUGCACCCGGGGGUGCUUUCGAACUGCUAGGUUGGCAGGCGCUGGGACCGAGCAACGGGAGCGCACCCCACCGUGGGGAUUCGAACUGCCGACCUGACGAUCGGCAAGUCCUAGGCGCUGGGUUUUACCCACAGCGCCACCCGCGUCCCUAAGUACAUUAUGCAAUUAAGUCGGUUGCACAGUUGUUUGAGAGUUUAGGAUCCCAGUACGCCUGAAGGAGCAUCUCCACCCCCUGAGGUCCAGCUCCGAGGGCCUUCUGGCGGUUCCCUCCCUGUGAGAAGUGAGGUUACAGCAGGGGUCAGCAACCUAAGGCCCAUGAGCCGCCUCCAAACUGAGGUGCCCACUUGCGCGCUGUGCUAAACUGGCACAGUGUGAUGCGGGGACUUGUUUCCACAGUGCUGAAAAUCGCAGGUGUGCAUGCUCAUGCACACGCGUGAUCCGGCCCAGGGAGGGAUCUCCGUGGGACCGAUCCGGCACAGGCAAGAUAAACCUUGCUGACCCCUGGGUUACAGGGAACCAGGCAGAGGGUCUUCUGUGUAGUGGUGCCCAUCCUGUGGAAUGCCCUCCCAUCUGAUGUCAAGGAAUAAAACAACUAUCUUACUUUUAGAAGACAUCUAAAGGUAGUCCUGUUUAGGGAAGUUUUUAAUGUUUGAUGUUUCAUUGUGUUUUUAAUAUUCUGGGGAGCCACCCAGAGUGGCUGGGGAAACCCAGCCAGAUGGACGGGGUAUAAAUAAUAAAUUAUUAUUAUUAUUAUUAUUAUUAUUAUUAUUCGGGUUCAUUAUUGAAGCAUAUGGAGGAGAAAGGCAGCUUCCCAAAAUAAAUGAGAAGAAUAAAAAAGGAAGAUGCAGGCAGAGAGGAGUUGGAAACUAUAGCUGAUCAUACAGUGGAACAAAUAUGAAGGAGAAGCUCAGCUCACAGCUGACUUAAUCCUGCCGUGAGGCAGUUCUGUGCAUCUCCUGCCAAAGACUUUAAUUCAGUCUGAAAGCGGCUCUUGGGAUUUCACUUCACUGCGUACCAGAGAGAUUCCCAGCAAUGCUUCAAAAGUGACACUUGAAAUGACAAUCCUCCUAGAAUGGUGUGCACCCAGGUAUCUUGUCGUGUGCUAAAUGAGCUGGAAGUGGGUGUGCACAAGAUGUGCCUUUUCUCUCUCUUGUGGCUGCCACAUGUAAGAGAACAGGACCUGGCUUCUGGGUUCAGGAACGACAGAAUCAUCAUGAUGAGGUCCUUCUUUGGGGGAUAGGGUAGCUGAGGGGCACCACCAUUGUGACUGUGCUUCUGUUUUCGUGCUGAACUCUUGGUUACUUUUCCUGGAUAGUUAGGAAGGAGAUUUUCAUCUUUGGAAAUCUUAAUCAUUUUUCAUUUGGAGUAUCUGUAGAUAGAAACAUAUAUAUGACAUUCUGCCAUUACAAACAUAUCAGCUUGCCAGAUAGAAGUAUCCCCUGCCAUAUACCCUAGACCAGGCUUCCUCAACCUCGGCCCUCCAGAUGUUUUUUGAGACUACAAUUCCCAUCAUCCCUGCCCACUGGACCUGCAAGCUAGGGAUCAUGGGAGUUGUAGGCCAAAAACAUCUGGAGGGCCGAGGUUGAGGAAUCCUGCCCUAGACAAUUUUGGGAUGCAUGCAGGGGAAGGAAAAGGGUUUUGUUGAUAUGGUUUAUUAGGUGAAUGGUGCCCAUUUUAUUUUAAAUACUAUAUACACACUGUCUAUACAUCUACAUACACAUACAUACAUAUGUACAUACAGAUACGUGUAAUCUGAGUCAAAGCAAUGGGCAUUGCCCCUGAAACUUCCUUGGCAACAACACCACAGAUACCUCUAUAGAACGAUUCAGAUUUCUUCCCUAUAAUCGCUUUUUAGUGUAAGCGAGAGAUGCUUAAUAACAACAGCAAGAACUACAGAUGACAGCAAAGUCAUGGCCUCUGGGGAAAGUGAUUUCCUAGAAGUAUUCAACUUGGUACUUAUUUGGCUGAUAAUAUUUUUGAACUCCAUAGGACAAACCAAAGCUGUAUUUAUGUUUUGCAUCUACAACUGGUUGAGAACUCUUGUAAACACACAAAAGAGAAGUACUGACUCCUUCUAAUGGUGCAUCAAUAUGGAAAUGUCCAGAAAUGGUGCCAGUUGGAUUCAUUUUCAUAUUUUCCAUAUUCGUUAUAGGAAGACAUGGGACCCAUUUGAGCUCCUGGGGUUAAUUCUUAAUGGCUGGCAAGUCUUCCAGUUAGACACAUCCUUAGUUAGCACUUGUGUCCAUUUUUUGAAUGAGAUCUACUAAUGAUGGGGAAAGGCUAAAGAUGUGUUCCCCCUUUCUUUUACAGAACUGCUCGUGUGUGGCUGAAGUGAGACAGUGGUCAGUAAUGGCCUGGCAUAUACCAUCCACUGCCCUGUAAGUAUUUGCAAUACUUGGUCCAUUUUAAUUCUCAGUUUUCAGCACCACUCCCACCAAUAAUUAGCUGUUGGGAACACAAUGUGGAUCUUCCAUAAUUCUGGUGGCAUUUAAAUAUGUUGAACUUUAAAAAACAAAAGUAUUCUGGUGUUUGACAGAUAUAACCAAUGUGACACCUGUAUUCUUGGACUCCACUUUCUGUCUGUGUCCAUUGACUCUGCUGGCUGAGGCUGAUGGGGGUUGUUGUUUAGCAACAUCUGGAGGGCUAUAGGCUACCCUGACCUAUGGUGUUCCUAUAGCAUUGAAUAUCCUUCCUUUUUGAGAUUCCCAAAGACAUGAAAAAGAAAACAUCGAUAGGAAGAAAGUAAACUUAAAUUUGUGUAGGACUUAAAUCUUAACAUAAGUGCCUUUUUCAGGCGGUGUGUAAACUUAAAAUCAAAAGCUCAACUUACUGUUAGCAAGAGGUGUUUUUUGUUUCAAUAUUAAAAUAAAUGCAGCAGAACCAAAAUUAGUUUAAAAACCUGAAUCAAUUCUCUCUCAGCUUCACCAUUUGUCAUCAUUGAUCAAAAUCAUCUUCUUCCAGGCAACAAAGGCUUUAAAAUGACUACAUUAAUCCGGCUUUUUUUUAAAGUACAGUGGUACCUCGGGUUACGUAUGCUUCAGAUUACAUACGGUUCAGGUUACAGACUCUGCUAACCCAGAAAUAGUACCUCGGGUUAAGAACUUUGCUUCAGAAUGAGAAGAGAAAUCAUGCUGCGGCGGCAGCAGGAGGCCCCAUUAGCUAAAGUGGUGCUUCAGGUUAAGAACAGUUUCAGGUUAAGAACGCACCUCCGGAAUGAAUUAAGUACUUAACCCGAGGUACCACUGUACUGUUCCCAAAAGCGAGCUGAAGGAAAUUUUGAACUUUAUAUAAUCAGGGUAUAUUUAUCUAGCAUUUCAAAGAAGCAGGCUAUCAAAUUAUAAUGCAAAAGUCAGAGCUGAUAUACAGGAGUACCAUAUUUUUUCGCUCUAUAGGACGCACCGGACCAUAGGAGGGGGAAAACGGGGGGAAUUUUUUUUCUUAUUCUCCCCCUCUAAAACAAGGUGCAUUCACCCAAAGCCUCCGGAGCACAGCAGGAGUUACCACUGCGCUCGGGAGGCUUCAGGCGGCUACCUUGGAAGCCUGGGGAGCGAGAGGGGUCGGGGCGCACUGUCCCCUCUCGCUCUCCAGGCUUCAGUGACGGCAACCCGAAGCCUCUGGAGCGUGGUAGGAGUUCCCGUUGGGCUCCGGAGGCUUCAGGUUCCUUUUGACCUGCUUUUUGGGGCUGUUGGGGGGAAGCGCUGCUUUCCCCCACCGCCAGCCUCAAAGAUCCCCGAAGCCUUUGGAGCGCAGCAGGACCUCGCGCUGCGCUCCAAAGGCUUCGGAUUCCUUUCUCUGACUCAAAGCCUUUGGAGCGCAGCGCGAGUUCCCGCUGCACUCCAAAGGCUUGAGGCUUCGGGGACAGCCUUUGUAGCCUCCGCAGGGCAGCGGGGUGAAGGCACCCUGCUGCCCUGCAGAGGCUUUGCACAGCUAACCCCAAGCUAGAAGAGCGAGACGGAGCACUCCGUCUAGCUGUUCUGGCUUGGGGACAGCCUUUCUAGCCUCUGCAGGGCAGCCAUCCCCAAGCUAGAACAGCGAGACGCAGUGCUCUGCAGCGCUCCGUCUCGCUGUUCUGGCUUUCGGGACAGCCUUUCUAGCCUCCGCAGGGCAGCGGGGUGGCUUCAAACCACUGCCCUGCAGAGGCUUUGCGCAACUAACCCCAAGCUAGAAGAGCGAGACGGAGCGCUCCGUCUCGCUGUUCUGGCUUGGGGACAGCCUUUCUAGCCUCCGCAGGGCAGUGGGGUGGCUUCAAACCACUGCACUGCAGAGGCUUUGCACAGCUAACCCCAAGCUAGAAGAGCCAGACGGAGCGCUCCACAGCGCUCCGUCUCCUUGUUCUGGCUUUGGGCUUAGCCACACAGCCUGCAUUCGCUCUAUAGGACGCACACACAUUUCCCCUUAAUUUUUGGAGGGGAAAAAGUGCGUCCUAUAGAGCGAAAAAUACGGUAUAUUCAUGUAUUCACUGAAACAAGAAUAAAGAUCGCAGAAGUAGAACCUUGUCAGAACAUAACGUUGCUAGGAUGCUGUUUGGAAGCCAAAGCAGCACAGAACUAGGAAGUGUUUUGUGGGUUUGUAAUCAAAGCUGUGCAGAAGAGCAUGAAAAUGGCCAAGUUGUGAAUUCAAUGAUAUUUCCUAUCCAGUGGGCAAAUCCAGCCCCUUGCAAUGCAGGGAUCUUGCCCACAUCUGUCCUUGGGUGGACUCGAACCACCAGGCUUCUGGUUAACAGACACAUUGAACUAUUGCACCACAGAGAUUUAAAGGUGUAUUCUGCCCUUUGUCAGAAGAUCUCUGGACAGUUAACAGCAUAAAAAUAGAAUAUUAAAACACAAAAUGCAUAAGAAAAACAAAAGCAGAACAAAACAAUAACCCCCUACCUCCCACCAUACAUUCCAAAGGAUGUUGGUCACCCAAAGUCCUGGUUGAAGAUGUUUUCUUUUUUUAAUAUAUAUUUUUUUUCAAUUUUCAAAAUAACAUUUUUCCUUUUAUAGAUACAUAUCUAAUCCAAUUUUUCAUUAAUUAACUUUCCCCAUUUUUGAUUUAAUUUUUCCUCAUCUUGGUGCCUGAUCUUCGCGGUCAAUUUAGCCGUUUCGGCAUAGUCUAUCAUCUUAAGUCAUCCAUUCUUCUUUCAUUGGGACAUUCUCUUCUUGCCACUUCUGGGCAAGUAACAUUCUGGCCACUUUUGUUGCAUACAAAUACAGUCUCUUUUGCUUCCUUGGUACUUCUCCUACUAGUCCUAGUAAAAAAGCCUCUGGUUUUUUAACAAACGUAUUCUUAAACAUUUUAAAAAUUGCAUUAUAAAUCAUUUCCCAGAAGCCCUUUACUUUUUUUACACGUCCACCACAUAUGAAAAGUAUCUUCUUUCUCCAUACAUUUCCAGCAUAAAUUAGAGGAAUUUUUAUACAUCUUAGCCAGCUUUUCUGGAGUGAAAUAUCAUCGGUACAUCAUUUUCAUACAAUUUUCUUUUCGUGAACUACAGGCCGUGAACUUUCGAUUCUCUUUCCACAGCUUUCCCCAUGAUUCAAGCAGAAUAUUAUUAAUCUUUAUUACGGUCCAGAGACCCAACAAAUCAUUACAAAUCAAUACACAAUUCAUACAGCCUACCUCCAGGUUAAACAAGCAUUUUGUUUAGAAUAUAGGGCUCAUUUGUUCUUGCAACCACCGAUAAAAAUUUUGCCACUGCUAACGUUCUAGCAUUUGUCCGGUCUUCCAGUAGGAACCUGACAUAGUGAGCCUUUGAUUUUCCUGGGAAAUGUACCAGCAAGGGUAGUAUCAGUUCAGCCCUGGCCUGCUCAUAUUUUGCACAAUGCAACAAAAUAUGUUUUAUGGAAUCGAUGUCUUUAGCACACGAGCAAAGUCUGUCCUGGUAGGGAACUCUUCUCAAACCUGCCAUCCAACACUGCAGAGGGAAAGACAUUUAGUCUGGCUUUGGUGAAAAGCCUUCGGUAGUUUGGUACUGUCAGGUUUUUAAUGUAAGAUGUUAACUUAAAGACAUAUUAAAGACAAGAAUAUUAUAAAGACAAGAAUAUUAUAACCUAUAACUUUUGCCCAGUGUAUCAUUACAGCUUUAACCUCUUCAUCUUUCGUCUCCCAUUCCAACAAUAGAUUGUACAUUUUUGAUAACAGUUUCUCAUUAUUUUCCAGUAAUUCCCUUUCGAACUUUGAGCAUUCCUUCCCAAAGCCUUUCGAAGAGAAAUGUUUUCACCGGUGGCUUAAGUGUAUAAUGAAGCUCCCACGUGAGCCGACCAGGGGAGAGCAUUCCUGCUAUAACUCCAAUGAAAUAUCUCACAAUAAGUGGAGGUGCAACACGAGAAGAUGCAGCAAUGAAUCAUAGAACUGUAGAAUUGGAAGGGACCCCAGGGGUCAUCUAGUCCAACCCCCUGCAAUGCAGGAACCUUGUGGCAGCAGGGAGGGAACAUGUAAAAUCGUUUUUUGAAAAUAAGAAUCUUCACAAUUCCAUUCAAGCAACCAGAGCGGAAGCAGGCUCUUGCAGUGAACAUCACUCUGUAUAUCACCACAGUGCAAAGUAGAGCAAGGCAGAAAGAGCAGGGGUCAGCAAACCUUUUCAGCAGGGGGCCGGUCCACUGUCCCACAGACCUUGUGGAGGGCCGGACUAUAUUUUGAAAAAAAUUUAAAAUGAACGAAUUCCUAUGUCCCACAAAUAACCCAGAGAUGCAUUUUAAAUAAAAGCACACAUUCUACUCAUGUAAAAACACCAGGCAGGCCCCACAAAUAACCCAGAGAUGCAUUUUAAAUAAAAGCACACAUUCUACUCAUGUAAAAACACGCUGAUUCCCGGACCGUCCGUGGGCCGGAUUUAGAAGGCGAUUGGGCCGGAUCCGGCCCCCGGGCCUUAGUUUGCCUACCCAUAAGAGACUGUAAACCUCCCCUGAUUUAUUGACAUUUCUCCCAUGUUUCCUCACCAUUCUUAACUUGCUUUUGGAAGUUUCUGAUCAGAACCGAAGUGUGCACUUAUAUAGAGCUCUCUUUCUCUCUCAUAAAUCUUUAAGGUGGAAGGAGGAGUUUUGUCAUUCCCAAUAACAAAGGCAGCCAACCAAAUACCUGUGGGAAACCCACAAGUAGGAUUUGAGUGCAAGAGCCCUAAGGCAUUUUCCAGAAGUCUAUAACUGCUAUAAUAGAAGAGAACCACCACAGAAAUGGCAAUCAGCAUCUCUUUUUAUUUACAGCCCUAAGUUUCACAUAACUUCCUCUUCAUAGUCACAAGACUUAAAACGUCCUAUUAAUGCUUUUUAAUUUUAUGGGAAUGCAGAUAUAUGGAAACGUGGAUAGGACAAGUUUAUUCUGUAGGAUUUGUAAGUCUUCCUAUAAACAGAGUUGAACCUGUAAAAAAAAUAAAAAAAAAUUACUGGUUUCUUCAACUUCAUUUUAUAAAUGGUCGUACUGAUUGAACUUAAAUUUAAUUAUUUGUAUAGAACAGGGUGGGGAGGGGAUGUAGAGAUGAUUAAUGAAAGUCAGUCACAUAUAGAAAGUGGGAAUGGGAAAGAUGUUCAUUAGCAACCUUCACUUCUAGACAAAAAUCAUAUAACUUUAUAUAACUCGGUUAAUAGAAUGAGGAACUGCUAAUCAAGGAACCACCCUGAGAUCUACGGAUUAAGGGUGGCAUACAAAUUUAACAACAACAAUAAAAGAAAGAAAAUGGUUUUGAAUAGGGCAUUCUCUUAACCUGCUGUGAAAAGGGGAAUACGAUUGAUUUAUUUGGUGAUGGGGGAAAGGGUGCGUGUGUGUGUGUGUGUGUGUGUGUGUGUAUGUGUAUGUAUAUCUGCUUCAUUAUAUGUAUUUUUUGUGUGUGUUUAUAUGCUUGUAAAUGGUCCAAGAACCUGGUUAUAUAAAUAUUUCAAAUAAUAAAAAGGAAAGGUCAGAAGAACAGCAUCUACUUGCAUUCGGAAGCUCCCAGGUUCAGCCCAGGUGGGAAAGAAUCUUGCCUAAAACCAUGGAAAGGGGCUGCCGACCAGUGCAGACAAUACUAAGCUAGAUGGGCCAAUGGUCUGACUCAGUAGAAGGCAGCUUCUCAUGUUCCUCCCGUGACAGCAGCUGUUCCCUUUUCUUGCAAUGUCUCCCCAUGUGCUUCUUAUCAACCUGGGUUCCAGAAAGAAGGUGCCCUGCAGUCUGUUUAGUUUACAUAUCAAAGUCCUGGAGCUAAAGUUCUGCAUUGUCUCUUUACCUCCAGUGCUUGUGGGAAACCAUUCAUUUAUCUGAGCUGCAGUCCAGUUAGGCUCACUGAAGUUAGAAGACCAUUUCAGGGAAUGAAUAAUAGUAUGCAGUGUUCCUCCUAAAUAUCUAUUGCACCCUUCAGACCUCCUGCUCAUGGGGAGAGCCAGGAUUUAUGUUAGGGGGCAGGAUCCGCAAUCCUGUACCCACUUUAUUUGGGAAUAACCCCCACUGAAGUUAGCAGGGCUUACUUCUGAGUAGACAUAUAUGGGGUUAUGCUGUAAAUUAGUCACACUUUCAUAAAUCAAUGGGACUUAGCUAGCUGUGACUAACUGAUUUCAACAGAGCCAAAGUGAACACACCAAUAUAUGUGCAUUCACAGAAUCUUAGAAUUGUAGGGUUGGAAGGGACCUCAAGGGUCAUCUAGUCCAACUGCCAAGGCACAUUCUUAAAGAAUUCUGGGCACUGCAGUUUGUUAAGGGUUGCUGGGAAUUGCGAUUCUGUGAGGAGUAAACUACAGUGCCCAGAAUCCUUUGCGGGAAAGAAUGUACUUUCAAGGUGUAGCAUGCGCAUGUAAAGCCCGUUGAAGUAAAGAGCAUGGAAUGAAAGGGGGUUAACUCACAAGUAAGUCCCCCUGUAUGACUUGUUUUGUUUUUAUAUGCUUUCCCCCCCAGGACGGGUCCACGCUGUAAGGCGAAGUUCACAACAGCCUGCCUUACCAUGCGUGCUGUAUCCCGGAGAAUGCUGCAGUUGGGCCAAUGUGCUCCCUUUUGUCCAGAAGAAAGAAGAGAAGGCUAGCGAUUAUAACUGUUUUAGGGACUUUCUUAUAUACCCUGAACAUAUCCUUGGAAAUAGACAUACCGUCAUAUUGUCCUGAGUGUUCUUCCUCCCACCAUCUUCCUCCAGAUCAGGAUGGCAGGAGGUUUGCAGAGCCUACAGGGACACAAAGAGCCAUAUGGGAUAUUUUUAUUUUUCUGAACCUCAAAAUAGGCCUCAGACAGUUACAGAGAGACCUUUCGUAAGUAACCUUAGGGACGUAUAUUAGACCUCAGACCUUUUGCAUAUUCAUACAUUUUUUUUAGAUUCAUACAAUCCAUAUUUAUGAAUGGCCAGUUUAUAACCAUAAGACUAAAAUAGCGCAGAGGGGGGAAGUAAAUAAGGCUGGGGUAGAAUGAAUGACCACUGGCUGAAAACUGAUUUACUAAGGGUGAAAUCCUAACUGCACUUACCUAGGAGUAAGAGCCACUGCUCACAGUCUUCUUCAAGGUCUUCUACGAUUAGAUCUUCUGAAUGAAAAAGAAGAGAAGGCUGGCAGUUAGACUUUCUUAUAUACACUGGAAAUAUUCUUGGAAAUAGACAUUCCCUUCAUGUUGUCUUGGGCCUUUUUUGAGCUCCUCCAGUGAAGGAGCUCUUCCACCAUCUUUCUCCACAUGAGGAAGGGAGGAGGUAUGCAGAGCCUACAGGAAAAACAAAGAGCCACAUGUGAUAUGUUUAUUUUUCUGAUCCUCAAAAUAGGCCUCAGACAGUUCAGAGACCUUAGGGACUAAUAAUAUUCUGAAAUCUGUAAGUCCAAUGCCAAGUAAGUCUGAUAAAUGUCGUUUGGAAAGCUGGGCACCUUUCCAGUUAGGAGUUUGAUCUGGCCUUCCACAAAUUGUCAUGCAGAUCUUUUUGGGUUGGAAGAUUAAAUAAGAAGAGUUUGUUGCAAGAGCCUCUGCACGUUCUAUGUCGAGCUUAGGGGUCUGCUCUUGUCGCCAAUUCACUUUGGUACUAUGGUGUUCUGUUAAUGCCUGCUUGUUUACUGAUAAACUGUGGACCUCUUUGGAUAAUUGGGUUAUUUGAGAGGCAAUACCUCUAAUUUGUUGGAAGAUAUGCUCAACCGUUCUUGCAAUUAGAGUUAAUUGGGUGCUCUCCCUACUUGUUAUUCCUUCCUCUCUUAGCGGCACAGGAUCAACUUGCCCCAUUGCUGGAUCCAGUUCCACGCUCUCACCUUGAAUACUCUCCCCACACUCACAAUCAUCUUCAAGGGGAGAAACACUGUUUUUUGUUGGAACUAUAAAAGCAGAUUUGUUUAAAAAGUCCUCUAUUUUAGAUUGUUUGGGAACCGGUGAGAGAGCUACAUCCUCUGGGUCCCUGUAGCGUUUACUAGCAGGCAUAGCGUCGCCGUGGGGAGUAAACAAGGAGAGGUUUUGUGAUGGCUUGUGAAUGCUCUCUGCAAGAAAUACCUCUGCUCACUCAGAGUUCAUAUAUACAGUCUUUAUUUUACAUAUGUACAAGCAGCACGUUACAAUCAUGCAUCCGAAUCCUCCGGCUCAGAUUCUGGGAGUGCCUUAUGCCUGCCCCUUCUCCAACAGAAAAGGCGUGGAAUUUUCAUGUGAUGUCUCUGUCCCCUCCUCUUUAACACUCUCCUUUCCUUGGCAGACGGAACAGGCAUUGUUUCACUGUCUGUGCCAGGACUUCCUGUGUGGUGUUGAGGCUCUGGUCCAACAUCUGUGAGCUAUCCCUCCUCCUGGCUUUCCCUUCUUUCCUCCACCGCCACUUCCUGCCCCCCUUCCUCUGCCUGUCUCUGCUCCUCCCCUUCAUUCUCCGGCAAUACCAUGACAGGUUUCCCCAACCAAAAAAGAGAGAAAAAAUAGAAAGUGCUCAGUUUGUUCAAUUUAAGAGCUUCUCCGCGUGGAGACUGCCAGGAGUUCCAGGAACAAAGUAUAGAAGGCAGCUGGUGGCCUGCCCAGGAUGCUUCACAGAACUUGCCCAAGAUGUUUCUCAUAGCAUAGACAAGAAGGUGCUGUUAGAAUCUCAGUAGGUUGGCAAGUUUAAAAGUAGAGAAGUAAAAAAAGGAAAAAUUACUUCCCUGGGUGGCAAUCAACGCUAAUAACAUCCUGUUAUAUGCGCAGCUCCGAAGCCUGCUUGCUAAGCCAUCGCCAUCUUGGAACCUCAGCCUAUUCUGAAAUCAACAUCUAUAUGCUGAAGGGUCUUACCUUUUUUGUUCUCUCAAAGAGGGGUCCAGAGGGGGAGGCCAAGGGGGAGGAGGUGGGCAAGGGGGAGGUCUCUGGGAUAGGCGAAAUUCUGUUCUUUCUUCCCAAUCAGGAAAACACUUUGCUGAGUCUGCAAAGCCUAGAGAGAAAGAGAAAUGGGGCUCACUGUUAGUGCUCUCUAACGCCUCUAUGUUCAAGAUGAAUUCUCUAUCAUCAAAGAAUUUUGAUGUUGAAAGAAAUCCUACUUGCAUGUCUUCUCCUUUCUCUCGCAAUCACAGAAUGAUCCAAGCAUAGGAGAUCCCAGGCCUUCUAGAGCUCUGGUGACCAAUGAGCCAGCAGAGGGAGGUGUCACAAUGAACCUUGUGACCCAACAACCCUGGGCCCUGAGAAAACUAGCAGCCACAAGGACUGCUCCUAUUAAGUGACACUACUAAGUUUUCUCAUAUGACUUUUCUUCCAUUUUCCACUUUUGAUAAAUACGCAAAAUGUGCCUAUUUGGAUUCCAGCUGUAGUUGUUCCUGCACCUACUGAGCACUAGCUGUCUCCUAUACCUGUCUUAUACCCUCCAACAUUUCUCCCAUGAAAAUAGAAAUGUCCUAUUCCAUGAUGAUGAUGAUGAUGAUGAUUCUGACUGGCUUGCCCCAGCCAGUCUGGAAAGUUUCCAACAUAUACGAAAACAUAAUAAAGCAUUAAACAUUGAAAGAAACCCUUCUCUAUACAGGGCUGUCUUCAGAUGUCUUCUAAAGGUUGUAUUGUUACUUGCCUCCUGGGCUUGGGGGUCACAUAACUUCAUAUGCUCCAACAUUUCUCCAGUGAAAAUAGGAAUGUCCUAAAUCACAGAGCCUAGGGCUUGCCGAUCAGAAAGUCGGCAGUUUGAAUCCCCACGACGGAGUGAGCUCCUGUUGCUCAGUCCCUGCUCCUGCCAACCUAGCAGUUCGAAAGCACGUGAAAGUGCAAGUAGAUAAAUAGGUACCACUCCGGCGGGAAAGUAAACGGUGAUUCCGUGCGCUGCUCUGGUUCACCAGAAGCGGCUUAGCCAUGCUGGCCACAUGACCCGGAAGCUGUACGCCGGCUCCCUCGGCCAGUAAAGUGGGAUGAGUCCCACAACCCCAGAGUCAUCCGCGACUGGACCUAAUGGUCAGGGGUCCCUUUACCUUUAAGCAAAAGAGGGUCAUUCUGGGGACAAAUCAGAAACCGGGAUAGCUUCUGUAAAUUUGGGACUGUCCCUUGAAAAUAGGGACAUUUGGCAGGUCUGCUGAGGUGCCCAGAUGGGAGACCAUCAGGGAACCCAUGAUAUGGUGCUUAGAAUUAUACAGACAAAAGUACUGUGCAAAUAAAUAAAUAGACACACCAGGUUUGCCACGUGUUGCGGGGGCUCUAAGAACAAUGCCAUGCUUGUGUGGUACAACAAGAAAGAUUUCAAAAAUAUGUGUGGAACGUUGAGGGAGAAGGAGAGAGGAGUAUUGUCAUUUCGCACAUCAUUAAAAAUCCCAUACGCAUGAUCCAGUAGACACCUCUGGAAGUUGUGCAGCAAUGGCCGCCACAUCUUGCUGGGCUACACAAUUCCCACCUGUCCCAGCCAACAUGGUCAAUGGUCAGGGAUGAUUGGAGUUUUCCUCCACUAACAUCUGGAGGGCACCACAUUGGUUACCCCCCAAGUAUUAGGAUGUUUAAACCUUAAUGUCUUAGCGCUCAAUUCCCCUCCCACCGCAGUGUGUUUCACAGCUCUUUCCCACUAGCUGUUGACAUCAGCAUGGUUUCCUUAGUGUCAGAUAUGUUUCUCUUUGUGCAUGCACCAGGGGACAUUGACAGGCCAGGGAUGUCUUUGCCUUAUGCAACUGGUGUUCACACCUUGACUAGAGGCUUAAGGACUCCACUCCAUUUGAGAAACCAUAGCAAAACAGUAGGAUUUUAGAACAGGAUACAUAGGCAUUCUGGAUGUCCAUUGAUCAAGGGAUUAAAAACCCAGCACUGGAAACAGUGAGUGCACACAGCAAAUGGGACUGUGAACACAGGCACAGAGAAGGUAGUAUUUUUACAACAGAAGUGCUACUUAGAACAUCAGGAUUCAGCCUACACAAUCCUCAGCAACAAAAGUUACCGCAGCACAUCCUUCAUUUUUAUGCUUCAUUCCAACUCUGGGAUUUGCUGCAGAUGAUUUCAGUAUCUCUGCCUUGAGAGUACCAUCUCCUCAUGGCCCCUCCUUAGCGGCUUUCUGAGAUCACAGUUUUAGGCAGGAAAUUUAACGGGCUGGGUUUUUAAAAAUGUUUUAAAGGUUUAUAAUGGUAGUUUUAAUAUGUUAAUUGUUUAAAAAUCAUACCCUCUAACAUUUAUCUGAUGAAAAUAGGGACUUUCCAUUCCAUAAUGAUAAUUUUCCUAUUUAUACCCCACAUAUCUUACGGGGUUGCCCCAGUCACUCUGGACAGCUUCCACCAUAUAUAUAAAUAUAAUAAAACAUUAAACAUUUUUUUAAAAACCUUCCCUAUACAAGAUUGCCUUUAGACGGCUCAGGGGUCAGAUAAUUUCAUAUGCUCCUACGUUUCUCCACUAUUCGCUACCCUGGUGUUGGCAAGUAAUAAUAAUAAUAAAAUUUUUUAUUUAUACCCCACCCUCCCCAGCCAAGACCAGGCUCAGGGCAGCUAACAAUCGAUAUAAAAACAAAUUGAUUGAAAUACAACUU